GUGACCACAAAAUUAUAAUUACAUCAUUAAUUUUAAAAAAAGAAACAACAACGGAUUUGUACAGUUACAGCUAUGGAACCAAUGGAGACUGAGCCUAACAGAAGGGUGCCAAGAGGUUUGAGUGUCGGCAGAGUGGUCAACCUGCUUAUGGGCUUUCUUUUCUUGUUGAUCAUGGUCACUGCACUCGUUGUAGUCGGUGUUCUGGGAGGCUUGAACUUAUCACUCUCUCGUUUUCCGGAUGCUUUUAAGAAUACAUCUGCUUGUCCUCUCUUUAUGUAUCUCGACUGUGUUGCUGGCGAUACUGGCUGUAAUGUAGUGUACGGACCUGUGUCUGUAUGCUAUUUUGUGGAAAGUGCUUUUGGAGCUAUUGGUUUUGCUUCUCUGGCUUACUUUGUCGUGCAAGUUUUCCGAGUGGUUUUUAAAUUUAACCUGUGGUUCACUACUAUUCUGGAUAUGAUUUUAGUUGGUAUAACUGGUUUGGCCUGCUUUGCAACUGCUAUUACAAUUUCAGUUGGUCUUGCUGUCACCUGUGAGAAAGUUGACCAGAAGUUACAUUCGGGUUGCAAUGUGCUUAUACCAUAUAACAAUCGCGAAACUGGAUCAGAAUUUUAUACCUUAAUGAAUGCUGUUCAAGGUGCAGCAUGGAUGUGCAUGUUGUUCAUCUUCGUGAUGUUUGUGGUUACCAUUCUGAGGUUGGUGAUAUUUAUAAAGCGCCGCAGGGCAGGUACACCUAUUGACAUGGACGGAACACUCCUCUCUGAUGACUUCGAUGAUAAGCCGAGUAGAGCUGUUUGAGACGAACACUUACCACAUACCAUGAUGUGUACACUGUUAUUGUUUGGACUGCUCCAGUUGGUUUUUUUAUUAGCUUUGUGAAUGUUGAUAUAUAUCCUUUAUAUUAUAUACAUGUACUGUGUAUGGUUUUAUAUUUUAUGCCAUUCUGAUUUACAAUC